AUGGCAUUCUUCCUUCGGCGCCCGUUCGCCGUGUCAUCGGCACUUCACCAAGUUCCGAAGCUCUCGAACACCGCUCGUUUCAUCCACAGCUCUCCAUUCAAGCCCGCCCAGGCAACUAAGCCUUUCGGAGCCCAGUCCUCAGUCUUCACCAAAUCUCGUCAGACCUUCCAAAAUGCCUUCCGCCGGACAUAUAUGCAGCCUACCUACAACGCGCAGUCUGGAAACCUCUCUCAAAAGCUGAUAUAUGGUGCCGCCAUCGUUGGAGGUACCGUCCUGGCAACCAACUUCAUCUUCAACCGUGAGACCCGCGAGGAUGGCGGCAUGCCCGCUUACGAGCGAAGCUUCCUGAAUGAGACUUUCAUGCACACUGGUCUUGGUAUCGGUAUUAUUGGUGUUGCUGCCCGCGCACUGCACAUGAGUGGCUGGUCCUAUCGUCUCAUGGCCAUGAACCCGUGGCUCGUGAUGGGUGUCGGCCUGGUCGGCAGCAUUGGCUCGAUGUACGGAACUUUCUACACUUCCCCGGAUAACUACGUUGUGAAAUACGGCUGCUGGACUCUGUUCAACCUGACCCAGGCUGCUCUUCUGUCCCCGCUGAUGUUCAUGCACCCCGCCAUUCUCGCUCGCGCUGGUCUCUACACUGUCGGCAUGAUGGGCUCGAUCGCUUUCGUCGGUGCCACCGCCAAGCAAGAGAAGUACCUGUACCUCGGUGGACCUCUCCUCGCUGGUGUCGUUCUUGUCGCUCUCUCGGGUCUUGCCCCUAUGGUUCUCCCCGCCACUGCCGCUCGUACUCUGAUGUGGUCUGAGCGUGUCUGGCUGUACGGUGGUCUUGCCGUCUUCGGUGGUUUCACUCUCUAUGAUGUUCAGAAGAUCCUGCACCACGCACGUCUGGCCGAGCGUGGCUACAUGAAGCGCGACGUCGUCAACGAGAGUGUCAGCCUCGAGCUUGACUUCAUCAACAUCUUUGUCCGCAUGGUGCAGAUUCUUGCCUUGCGGAACAACAACCGCAAAUAA